AUGAACGGGGGUCGCGUGCUCAGGCUGGCGGCGUGGCAGGCGCGCGCCUACCUGCGCCAGCUGUGCGCGGCCGUGUGCUACCUGCAGGCGCGCGCCAUCGUGCACAAGGACAUCAAGCCCGCCAACCUGCUGCUCGCGCCCGACGGCCGCCUCACGCUGGCCGACUUCGGCGUCGCCGAGGCGCUGCCGCUCUUCUCGCAGGGCGACACCUGCACGCGCAGCGAGGGCUCGCCCGCCUUCCAGCCGCCAGAGGUGGCGAACUGCGAGCCGUCGUUCUCAGGCUUCAAGCUGGACGUGUGGAGCUGCGGCGUGACGCUGUACUGCAUGCUGCUGGGCGUCCACCCCUUCCUGGAGGGUUGCACCAGUGUCUACCAGCUGCAGACGCGCAUCGCCCACUACCAGGUGACGUUCCCGAGCAGCCUGGAGGCGGUGUCGGAGGAGGUGCUGCGCGGGCUGAUGGCGCGCCUGCCGGCGGAGCGCUGGUCGGCCGACCGGCUGUCGCAGCACGCGUGGCUGGUGCGCGCCGCGCCCCCGCCGCCGCUGCCCCUGCGUGGGCGCGUGGGCGCCGCCCUGGCCUUGCGUGCCGCAGUGCCCACGUUCGACUACCGGCGCGGCCCCUGCCGCACCAGGGUGGCGCGUCGCCCGGCCCGGCCCGGCCCACGACUGCUCUCCUCUCGCUGUGCUGAAGCGACCAGCGAAGACAGCCAGGGCCAGAAGGAGCGUGAUGCAGCCAGCACUGAGGACAGUGGCGGCCACGGCGACGGCGACGCCGACCGAGAAGGCGACGCAGACAGUGACGUCACGAGCGCGAGCGCAGACAGCCAGCCGGACGUGAUGUCCGCCACGGCGGCGUCGGUGGGCGUGGGCGUGGGGGUGGGGGUGGCAGUGGGGCCCAAGGCGUCGGCCGGGCCUGCGCCCGCCCCCGCCACCACCGCCUGCCUCUAUUCCUACCUGCAGCAGCCCUCGCACCACCACUCGCAGGUGGCGCCGGCGCCCCCGGUGCGGGACGCGAGCAGCCUGAAGGGCGUGCGCGUGGGCGCGGGCCACGAGAAGUUCCCGUCGUGGCCGGGGUCCGCGGAGCGAGACCAGCCGCAGGGCGUGCGGCCGGCGCCGGGCGGCGGCUCGCACCGCUCCAAGUCGUGGACCGACCACACCAACUACCCCAAGGAGAAGGCCGUGCCAUACUCCCGGCCCUACAUGAAGCGGCCCAGCCCCGCCUUCACGCAGCAGCUGAAGACGGUGAUGGAGCGCUGCGAGAAGAUCCCGCCCGAGACGUUCCUGCCGCGCGUGGAGCGCGACCGCGACCGUGAACCGGACUGCGACUACAACGCCCCCAGCCCGCCGGAGCGAGACAAGCCGCAGCUGACGCAGGCAGAGCUCGACCACUACGCGCGCUCCUACCAGGACGCCGCCGACCACCAGUUCCCGCAGGUGGCGCAGCCGCAGGUGCAGGUGCAGCUGCAGCUGGCGGUGAGCGAGAAGGCGCUGACGCAGCGCGACCUGGAGGAGUAUGCCCGCGCCUACGGCGACGCGCAGGCCGCCGGGGCCGGCGCCGGCUACGCCCAGUCGGAGGGCUACCACAGCUACGUCUCCAGCAGCGACUCCUCCACCAACACGCCCUUCCUCGACAGGCUGCGACGAGACAGCGCAGCACAUCCACAAGCGGCCCCCUGGGACGAACCUCCAGAGCGGGACAGCGGGAGUAGCGCUGGGGGUGGGAGUGGAUCCCGCAGCGGGCGCUGUGACAGUGUGGUGACCACCAGCUCUGGCAGUGCGUCCAGCAGUGAGACACUCAAGUGGCACGGCUCACUGAGCGACGUGAGCGUGGCGAGCAGUGCAGUCGCAUCCUCCUCGGCACCACCGCCCCCGCAGCCACCUGCGGGCCCGGGUCGGCACCGGCAGCUCAUCGUCGCCCACAGUGCGCGCGUCCAGACACCGCAGCGCCAUCACUCUGAGUCUGUGCUCUACCUAGGCAACGGCAAUGCCGACAGCCACAAGCUGCGCCUCUUCCCCGUCAGCACGUACACUGUGCAGCCGGGUGAUCAGCAGACGCCACCGCCGGGCUCUCCCCAGCAGCCACCGUCUCCGCCCCACAGGUCAGCCUCCUUGUCAUCUCCGACCCAGGCUUCACUAUCUGUGGCAGAGCGAAUCAGUGAGCUGGAACGCCAGCAGCAACAACAACUGCAGCAGCAGACAAAGUACACUUACCUGGACCCAGAGAAACGCCACCGGGUGUCGGACCCCACACUUAAGGCCAUCCAGAAGAAAGCUCUGCUGUCUUUCUACGAGCGGCACCACGCCCAGCCAGCAGCAGCAGCACGAAGCCAAGCGUGGCGUUCUGAACCACAGCUGGCUCUUGUUCCACCUUCAGCUCAGCAGUUGCCACCUACACCCUCUGGCCCGCACUCACCACCACCCCCGCAGCCACCUCCAAGACCUCGAACUGCGAGCAUGCAGUCUUCUCGAAGGGCUUCAUCUGCUUCCGACUAUGCAGGUGGAUCCUGGAGAGAGAUGGCAGCUACCAGAGAAAUAAUCAUAAAUGAAGCUGGCAACUUGAAAGAUGGGCCAAGGCAUCAACACAGUUCCAGUUGUGGUUCGCUAUCAACUGACCUUCUAGGACCACUAAUAAUGGGCCCAUCAAUUUCUGUCGAUGAUUGGGUGCCUGAACGACCACCAAAGAAACCACAUUUGCGUUCUGCAUUUCCUCGUCCCGUUCAAGACCGUCUGCCGAGUCCAGAUUUGCCUCCACCAUCUCCUCCCCCAAUGGUAGAAGAUGAAGUUUUUGCCUGUGAUGAUCCCUUACCACCGCCACCAGCUGACCUUCCUCCUGUGGAGGGAAGUCCAUUACCAUCAUCUUCCAGGCCACAAGACCAAGCUCCAGGAGACAGUGUUUCUGAGUACCAUGAACCCAGUGCUGAAAAUGAACAAGUGAGGAUUCCUGAAAGACCUAGCAAGGCCCAAAUUUCCAGCAGUGGUAAGAUGUGCAAUGACAAGCAAGUAGAAGGUGGACAUGUUCAUUUAACCUGCAGCUCUUCUUGUCAGAGGCAUCAUACGGACAACAGUUCAGCUCAUGUCAUUUCGGCAGAAGCAUAUAAUAGCUCAGAGCAUUUGAAACAAGGUGAUGGUGCUGUAAAUAAUAGGAAUUGUACAUCAUUUGCUGUUUCACAGAAACACUCUGAAAAUAACACUGGUAAUCAUACUUAUUUACAAAAUGGACACUCAUCAGAAAAAUAUCAUGGCCAUUUUUCCCAACGACUGUCUGAUAAUUACAAUUUCAGGUCACGGUUUCAUGACAGUUACAGGUCUCAGAGGUAUUCUGAACAUCCACAGAGACAACAGGGAAGUACAUCUUCAUUACCACGGUAUGCAGAGAGCCACUGGGCAUCUCAGAGACAUAGUGAAACAAAUCUUCCACAGAAAUGCUCUGAUAUGAGUCCCACAAGCCACAGAAAUAUUGAAAAUGAUUUCCAGAACUACAGAAAUUCUGACAUAAUUCAUAGGUAUUCUGAAAUGGGUUACAUUCCACACAGGUAUAAUGGUGACGGUAAUACAACACUUCCCAGAAAUCACGAAUAUCGGUAUUUCUCUUCAAAAAAUCCAGGAACGGCAAUGCAGGACAACAUGUACUCAGAAAGUCAUGUGCAGAGACCUUUACACAACAGGUACACUUCACAGAGAUCUAAUGACAGGUGCCACAAACAUGGUACACUGCCUAACCACGAAUUCCCUGCAUCGAGUGAACACACUGUGCAUAAAGCGGCAGAAAUAUGUGAUAGAAUUUCAGCUGAAAAUACAAUGAUCAACCAUAAGGUUGAUAAUAGUGCCAAUGUAAAUACUGAAUGCAACUGUUCAGUACAGAAACUAAACGACUGUGCAGUGAAUCAAAGAAAAGUAGUUAACCUGAACAGUUCACAUGAAAAGCCAGAUGACAGUGGCCUUCUGAAAAUCAAUAGCAGGCUUUCUCCGAGAAAACUGGACCAAGAAACAGUUCAUCAUAAACACCUAAGGAGUAGUAGCACAGGAAAUAAGUCUGUUGAAGGUGAUAGUUUAUUGCAGAAAGUAUCCAAUAGCAGGCUAUUGAAAUCUUCUGAAAAUCUAAGUUCACAACAGAAAACCUCUCAUUCUUCUUUGAGCCUGCACAGCAGUGGUGGAGACACAGUUUGUCCCAUUUCCCGAAUGCAGGAAAAUAACAUGGUUCAUCAGCAUCAGUCUGAUACAAACAAGCAAAUGCAGGGACAUUUCGAAAGAGAAUACCAUGAACAUAAUAACCCAAGAAAUGCAGAGACCAAGCAUCUUACUAGUUCCAGAAGUUUUGACAAUGGAUUUCAGCAGAGGCACAGACAAGAUGUGACUAACAUGCCACAAAAGUCUUUUGACAGUAGUGAUUUAACCCAGAGGUUUAGUGAAGGUAGUACACAACACCAUAAAUAUCCUACCACAAAGAAUGUUGUUCCUUUUAGCCAGCACAGCUCUACAAGCAGUACUCCCAUUUACAGAAACAGUAGCCGAAUGUACACAAGACCUCAGCCAUUAAAACCAUUUGAAAUAACCUGUCAGAGUGAACUGGAAAGGACUUCAAGUUCCAGUGGUCAAAUUACGAAUACUGAUGGGCGGUCGUCUGCUAGGUGCUCCACACAGAAGCUAGUAGUGAAUGGAAAGCUAGCAGCUCCUCUUCACAGUGACAGGCUGGAGUCCGAAAGAAUUAGUGGAACUGUUUCAAUGCCAGCAAAGGCUCGACUUCAGCGAUUGCCCCUAACAUUGCCAGUGGGAAACAGCCAAGAAUCAGCUUCUACUCAAUCAACUGCCAGCCAUGGAACCCAAGAAAGGGAAGCCCUGUCACCAUCCUCACCCAAGCCAGCUGGAAAUGGCAGAUUCUCACCACCACACCAGACGAGCACGUCCAAGGCGUCGUACCUGGCGUACCGGCGGGAGCGCGCCGAGCGAUGCCUGCCCGCGCUCGAGGGCAGCUACAAGCGGACCAUGUCGCCCCCGGGCGCCGAGGACGGCCUGCACCCGGGCCACGCUCCGCCGCCACCGCCGCCCGCCGCUGCGGAGGAGCGACUCGCCUCUCCAGAAUGCGAACGACUUGCUGUGCCGGAACGAGCAGCAGUAGAGGAGAAUGAACAGAGAGAAGACAGACAAGAAGCAGCCUUGCCAUCACCUCUUAACCACGGGAAGUCAUCUUCGGUGCCCAGUUCCGUUCCUCCGACAGUGACUGACGAUGGCACGCCUCUGGACACGGGACCACCUCCUGACAGUUUAGAGUUAAAGAACUUGUACGGUAGUAGGGAGUUCAGGGCAGAGGACGAAGAGGACUGUAAGUCACAUAUAGACAGUGAGCAGUCGUACAGGCUAGGAGAGGAAAUAGAGCGGAGUGAACAAGGGUCGGAGGCCCGUUGGGAAGACAGUGCCACUGAGAGUACGCGUGGUGAGACAGAGAGCCAGCACAGCCAGCAGAGUGUGGGGCCUGUGGUUACGGAGCAGCUGCAGCUGGUGCAGCGUUCAGAGGUCGUCUUGCGUGUCAAUGCAGCCACCAGCGAUGCUGCCUCGCAAACUGAGCUGGACGAACCUCCAUCCCCAGUCCGGACACAGUCGCAGUCGCAUCUGGAAACCUCACCACAGCAGCAGCAGCAGCAGCAGCAGCAGCAGGAACCACAGCAGCAACAGGCACCACAGCAGGGGUGGCCACCUGCACGAAGGAAGCUGCAGGAGGAGAUAGACUGUGAGGAGCUCUCACUUGAUCUCGCCAGCAAAUUGCCACCCACUGACAAGUUGCAGGGCAUUCUUGUUCCAGACCCUGAUCAUAAAAAGCCUACUGAUUAUGUCAGUGAUCUUUUCCGUAUUGAUGUCACAUUACGGCCUAGAGGACCUCUGAGAUCUCAUUCUUCCCAAAGCAACAGCAGUUGUAGCAGUACCACUGGCGCAAGCAGUUGUGCUAGCAAUGCAUCCCCUCCACCAUCACCAAGCACAAAUCAGCAGUCUGAAGCAAACAGCAGGGACAGCAACAGCAAUCCAGUGAGCCCAUUACCAGCCACCUCCGCAUAUUUCACCACAUCCGAAUCAAAGGCAAAGUUCCUUACACAGUAUGGACGAGACAUGAGUCAAUUAAAUGGCCUGAAUGACAACAAGGAACUCCAUCAAAAGAAGGAGGAGCUGAUGCUUCGGCUAGAUCGGAAACUUGAGGUCCUGAGAGGUGAACAUUUGGUGGUAAGGGAAGAAUCGCGAGUGAACGAUGAACUUGGCGAAAGUGUGGCUGCACAAGUGAGCCGGCUGGCCCGGCCACAUGAGGCUGCCAAGUACAGACUGCAUGUAGAAGAAGUUGGGAAGAUCACCAGUCUCCUCCUCGCACUCUCAGGUCGCCUGGCCCGUGCAGAAAAUGCACUUAUGGGUCUACCCGACAACCAUGCCGACAGGAAAAUUCUAGAAAGCAAGAGGGAUAAAUUAAUUGAACAACUUGAAGAAGCAAAGAAAUUAAAGGAAAGCAUCGAUCGAAGAAGUGUUAGUGUAGCAAACAUACUGAACAAGUACUUUAAUCCUGAAGAGUAUGCUGACUACGAUCACUUCAUCAACAUGAAAGCCAAAUUGAUCAUGGAUUCAAAGGAGAUAGCUGACAAAAUAAAGUUAGGUGAAGAACAGCUAGCUGCUCUACGGGAAACACUUUCGACACCUGAGUGAAAUGUGGGUGCUGCUAAACAUGGAUGAACAUUAUUUUAACUAAUUUGCUACCAGGAAAAGUAAACUGGUAGUGGAUGCCCUAGUCUUUUUGAAUUCCUGUGCUUUUUUAUUUUCUAGUGUAUGCUGUAAUAUAUAGGCUUUGCUUAAAUUUAUAAAAUCACUUUAUAAUUCUGCCCAAAGGAUUGUUAAAUCUUAUGGUGAUGCCAAGGUGCUUAAAAUGUAGACUAAAGUUACAGGGGUCAAAUAAGAAAAGGAAUGUGAAAAUCACAUUGCACUAUGUCUUUCAUGACUUCUGUAAAACAUUUGGAUACAAAGAUGGAGUUCGACAAUGUUGCAGAUAUAACUUGAACUCCACCUUUGGCAAAAAUGAAUUGAGUGUAUAUGUUGUUAAGUAACUUUCAUAAUAGGAGCAAGUAUGAACACUGGAGUUAGGUAAGGCAAAAAUACUCUCCUACUGUGUCGUCAGAACUACAUCGAUACAGUGUGGAGCUGUGUACUUAAUUAUCAUGUAACCUCUUGGCAUUUGGGAAACUAAUGUUGUAGAUCUCUGUAGCAACCAGGUCAUCAAAUCGGUGUUAGCAGUGAAACUAUAUGACACAGGGAGUCUGCGAGAAUCAAAUCCGCCAAAUGUCAAAGAUGGUUGCUGGCUUGCUUUCAGCAUAAGUGAUAUUUCUCAAUGUAAGAAUACGGACAAGUUCAUAAGAAGUUUAAAAUAACCUUCCUGAAGAUUAAAAGAAAGUCAGACUUAUACUCUACAAUCAGUGUACAUACAGAGCCUUGUAACAAAACAAAGCUUGUAGAUGUAAGAUGACUGUAAACAGCUGAUAAUGGCUCUCUUAAAGAUUAGAAAAAAAAAAGAACCAAAUGUCUUGCCUGAAAGAUUUUUGAAGUCUUAUUGGUUCUGAAUGAUUUUGUGAUACACUAUAUACUUAAGAGUUUCUUACACAGCAUGAAGUAUCUUUUGAUGACUUGUCACCAGCCUGUUCUGUGCAGUAGAGCACAGAAUGAAUAAUCUGAUACUUCAGCUUUUGUAGAUAGACACAAUAUGGACUCUUUAGUUACGUGAAAUAAACCAUAAAUGCUGCUAGAAAUGUGAAGUUUAUGCUGUGUAAAGAACUGUUUUCUUUCCUGUUGUAAUUCUUAGCUGGAAAAGAAUUCCUUAUGUGUGAGGAGUGCCUUAGUCUUAAAUAAAAAAAAAGCUGCUGAACUCUCCCAUGCUGUGAUGAAAUAUAUUUACAUCCAGUUUUAUAGAUGUGCAUCAGAUGAGUUUGGCGGUGAACAUGCCAUACACAUAACAUAUGAAAGCUGUAAAAAAGAUUGUGUCUGUGUAUGAAAGUGUGACUGAAUGUGAUGUAAGACUGAAAUUGUUUUAGAAUCACUUGAAGAUGAGACAGAAGACUCAUCCUGUAAUAAAGAAAUUCUACAUAAAAUAUAAUCUUUCUGAAAGAA